UCUUGGAGUCACGUUCAUGUUUUGGUGCAUUAGCUUCGACUGUUUGGUUAGCCCGUUAGCUGAGCUUCUGCUGUGGAUCAUUUAGCGAUGAAUAAAGGGAAAGCAAGCGGCGUGUCGUGGGUCAAACCGGCGGAACCGACCUUCCUGAAGAAGUUUAAAACGGACGUGGGAUACAAAGAAGGACCAAAUGUUGACACCAAGCGUCAGGCGAUGCCAACGCCGGACGAUGACAGCGGAAGCGACCGAGAAGACGAACUGCCUCAAGUCGUGGUCCUAAAAAGCGGAGACCUGAGUGCAGAUGAGGCGAAGAAGCUCAAGGACGGAAUGCGAGCCGGAGGCGAGGGCGAGAAAGGUGAGAAAGCUCCUUCUGACGGCAAAAUUCUCUUCAAGAAACCAGCCAAGCGCUCAUCCUCUGACAAGUUCCAGGGAAUCACUGCCAGCUCCAGCAAGAAGAAGAAGGAGGACGGAGCAGGAGAGCAGGAGGAGGACAAGGAUAGAAAAUCUGGGAAGAAAGUUAAAAAUAACAGUCUGCUGUCAUUCGGAGACGACGAAGAGGAAGAGAACGACUAAAUGGAAGACUGGAGUGAUGGAUGGAAACCAGAAGCGAUGUAAAGGAGUUAAAUGUUGUCAUGUUUGGCCUGCAAGGGUGUCUCCAUUCUCAUGUUUUCUACUCAUAAAUCUGAGAAUAAUUUUCAUGUCCGUCUGGAUCGUCGAUCGUUUGACAAAACCCACAACCGUGUUCAUCUGUAUCCGGUUCCGCUCUGACGUCUCCAGCAAAUCCUCGACUCUUUCUGCUGCUUUUAAAAAGCCAGACCUUCUCAGACUCCUGAGGGUUUUUUUCAGCCUUUUUAAAUCUCUCCAUUGUUCAUUUUGUGUAAUGACUUUCUACUUUAGACGAGUGGACAAGAACAAAUUGUCCUCGGCUGUCCUCAGAUAUCUACAGACCUGAUCGAACUGUAGAGAUGGAUCAGCCAGCUGGUCCGUUUACUGCCAUGACUCUUUAACUUUACUAGAAAUACCAGCAUCACUGCUCCGGGUUCUAACUGGGUCUUAACCGUCUCCAUCAGCACCACUGAAAAAAAGAAGAAAAACUGAUACAUGGAUGAGAUGUAAAGGCAUGUUUAGAACCCCAGCACAGUGCUGCCUGGAGCUCACCGUGUCAGGAGUCCCAUCUGUCUGUACAGACAUUUUAUGUGUUACAGCAGCAGAACGCCAUGGUGGAGCAAACCUCAGUUACAAAUAAAAUAUGAAAUAUAUAAAUCAG